AUGGGACCAAAUGAACACGGCUUUGCGUACAUCCUCAUUUUUCUGCUCCUCUCUCCGACGGCUCACACGAAUCGAGAUGCGAAUCGGCUAUUCGAGGACCUCAUCGCAGGUAACGCUUUCCGAUUUCAUUUCACAUUCUCCAUCAUUCUCCAAGCAUUUCAGAUUACAACAAGCUCGUGCGACCGGUCAGUGAGAACGGAGAGACGUUGGUGGUGACGUUCAAACUGAAACUCAGCCAGCUUCUAGAUGUUCACGAGAAAAAUCAGAUUAUGACGACGAAUGUUUGGCUGCAGCACGUAAGAUUUGAUUUUUCUCUCUCGUCUUCUGAUAAACGAAUUCAGAGUUGGAUGGACUACAAACUACAGUGGGAUCCGUCCGAGUACGGUGGAGUGGAAGUACUGUACGUACCGUCGGAUACCAUUUGGUUACCGGACGUUGUACUCUAUAACAAGUGAGAUCUUGGUGCGACAGUUUGAUACUAUCGGUUAACUUUUUCAGUGCCGAUGGAAACUACCAAGUGACCAUUAUGACAAAGGCCAAACUCACCUACAAUGGAACUGUAGAGUGGGCACCACCGGCCAUUUACAAAAGGUUUUGAAAAGUGAAAAGUUGAUCUGAAAACAACGAAUUGACCGUUACAGUAUGUGUCAAAUCGACGUCGAGUUCUUUCCGUUCGACCGGCAGCAAUGCGAGAUGAAGUUCGGCUCGUGGACGUACGGAGGACUGGAAGUGGACCUUCAGCACAGAGACAAGCACUUGGAGAACGAAAUCGAAGAAGACGUGGAAGGCGUGGACGGACCGACAAAGGAAAUUGUGUGGGUUGUGGACAGAGGUAUCGAUUUGAGUGACUACUAUCCGAGUGUCGAGUGGGAUAUUCUCAAAGUUCCGGGCAAAAGACACUCAAAGCGGUGAGUUGUACUCAUUUAAAAGGAGUCUCUUCAAAAGGGAAUGUUGCAGGUAUCCUUGCUGUGAGAGUCCGUUCAUCGACAUCACCUACGAGAUCCAUUUGCGGAGGAAGACGCUCUUCUACACAGUCAAUCUGAUCUUCCCGUCGGUCGGAAUCAGCUUCCUCACCGCACUCGUCUUCUAUCUUCCCUCGGACGGAGGCGAAAAGAUUUCCCUAUGUAUUUCCAUCCUCAUCUCGUUGACUGUCUUCUUCCUCCUUCUCGUCGAAAUCAUUCCGUCCACAUCGCUCGUUAUUCCGCUCAUCGGAAAAUAUCUUCUGUUCACCAUGGUUCUUGUCACACUUUCGGUCGUGGUUACUGUAGUCACACUGGUGAGUGCACUUUGUGCAGGUGUCUGAUAUAUUGAAGUUUGUGUGUUUCAGAAUGUACACUACCGUUCUCCAACGACGCAUACAAUGCCAAAGUGGAUGAAGCGGUUAUUCGUGGAUUUUCUGCCCAAAUAUCUUCUGAUGACAAGGCCGCAACCUCCCGGACAUCACAGCAAAGUAAGCUUUCUUUCGAAUCUUCGUCCUUUGAUGUUCUUCUCAUUUUAGCCUAAUCGAAGGUCCGACCCCCGUACCUCAACGUUCAGUAUCGGAGUGAAUCACACUCUCGGUCAGAACUCGGGUGAUUUGCUCUCUCCGGGGAUCAAUUCCAGCAAGGAGGAGUCCUCGUUCACCCUCCCUCGGUAACUCGCUUUCCUCUUCUCCGAUAAUAUCCUUCUCUUCUUUUUUCAGCGACAAUUCGCCAGUCCGAUCGGCAGUAGAAAGCGUCGCCUACAUUGCGGACCAUUUGAAGAACGAGGAAGAUGAUAAACAGGUGAGCGGGUUUGCAGAAGAAAGAGUGUACGUGCGUACGGAUUUGUUUGUUGACAAGCUGAAUUAUGAAUGAGAGGAAACGGGAAGCAAUCCGCGGUGUGGUGUGGUCGGAAUGGGAAAGAGUACGUGACUUGCAGGUAAUCGAAGACUGGAAGUACAUAUCAGUCGUCAUGGAUCGAAUAUUUCUAAUCACGUUCACUUUGGCCUGUGCUUUCGGAACAGUUGUGAUCAUCGCUCGCGCGCCGUCCAUCUACGACAACACGCCGGCGCUCGCCUAG